AUGGACAUCUCCUCGCUUGUUCGAGCUGUCAUCGCUGCUUUCGACGAUGCCACGAAACUGGUCCAGCGCAUUCGUGACCAGAGAACGAACAGCGAUUCCUUGCAAUUGCCCGAAGAAGCGACUCGAGACCUACUGGAAUCUCUUUCCCUAGGCCCUAUCAUUGUCCGUGGCCACUAUGAGCACGACCUCAAACGAUUCGGAGAGCCUUACGCCUGCGGUGAUAUCCAAGCGCGAGAACAGCUGAAAGAUGUCUUGAUCAAUCUACAAAUGUCCUUAAUCAUCACUUUGAGGACGGUGUAUAUGGACGGGAUCGAACUUGACUUUGUUGCGCUCCAAACAGCGUCGGAUGAUUGUCGAGUCAAUGCUGGCGUCUGCCUAGGCCAACUGUCACAGCGACUGUCGGACGUCAUGAAAGCACAGGCGUUCUACCCCCAAACAUUGUCCUACUCGUCAUCCCCUGGCUUGUUGCCUCCUCUCUCUCCGUCCCUGGGCUAUUCGAGCAGCCGGAGCACUCACUCAUCUGCCGUCUUUCCUGCUCCUCGCACUCCUGACGUUGUGACGGAGCAGUUUGGUCAGCUUUACAUGUCGCCAACAUUUCGUCAACCAUUUUCUGAGGAACGGAAAAUGUCGAUCAGUUCUGGAGGCUCUCAAGAGCAGUAUCUACAUCCUCAGUCCACCGCCACCACUAACAUCUUGGCCCAUCGGCCAGCCCCUGGGUUGCAUGCGAACGUACCCUCGGUGGGAGUGCAUAGGGUUGAUGAAGCUGAUGCCCGAAGUAUACGACGAAGGUCAUCUCAAGCUCUGGCGCCGGAUGACAACAUCCUGCUGAUGUUUCCUCAACCCGGUGGCCAACUCGUUAUGACCCCUUCGGCAGGUACGCAAGAUACUGACCGAGACACAUAUGCCUCCCCUGGUAAGAACAGCCAUACCCCUUCGUCGCCUGAUCUCUCUCGGGCAUCUAGUGGUCAUCACAGUCAGGGUUCAAGAGAUCGGUUUGGACCAGAUGACUACGGGGACCAUGUCACCAGAGGGGAUGGCAGGCAAUUUAGCAAUGGUACCAUUUACGACAUGUACCAGCCAACGACCCCCGAAAGGCAGUCUUCUACCUCUCAUGCCUCGAGAGCACAAGUGUCCAACCACAGCAGCCUUGAGCAUGUGCGAUAUCUACAGGAAAACAGCAGACCCCCAAGACGAGAACCGAGAUCUGAUUCGCUUGGCGUUGCAAAGACUGUAAACCGAGAAAUUCCUCGACGACCAAUUCGUUCUCAGACAGAUACCACAGUGCAGCCGCGAGAAUUUCUGUCUCGUCCGUCCGUGUCGGCACCCAUUCUAAUUGAGCCAGCUCGUACGCCGCCACCGUCCGGCCCUCUCCCGCCACCCCCGGUUCUAACCCAGGCUCAAUCCGUGGCCCCCAAACACCCAUUGCCCACGUCCGGCCACCCUCCUUCGGUUCAUACCGUGGCCUCAUCCACUGCUCCCUCGGUCACUCCCCUAGUAACCACCGGACCCAUUAUUCUUCCCACUGAUAAAAAUCUUCUCGGUUUCUGCAAAGGAGCAUUUCGCCUCCAAGCCGGCAUGGAACGCAAGGCAUUCGCCAUCGCCAAUCGCCCUCAUGGCUUGUCUGGAAUGACCUCAUACUGGCGGUGCGAGAAGUGCAAUUACGAAGGACCUGUUCAUAACACGGUAAACACUUCCGAUGACAAGAAGAAGAAGGGAAAGCCCGAGAGAGUCUUUGACCCUAGAGUCCGUCUGUCCGAAGGUGGCGGCAUAAGGUAUCGUUGGGCUUUCCUGGCGAGGUGUCAUGUUUCAUUGAAAGGAAUGGCGCCCAUCGAUACACCGUCCGGUAGAGAUGGGAGCUUCGGAAGUUUUGGAUGUAUCUUCUGUUGCGCGGAGGGGAAAAAUAGGGGGUGGGUCCAUCUCUCAACGACCGCAAGUAAUAUGGCGGGGACGACUGGGAGCAUCAAAUCGGGCCGUGGGAACAACAAUGCGGCUAAGACAGAGGGCGUGACGACACCUAUCUUCGGCAAUGUGAGCAGCUUCAUGCAACACCUUGAAAAUGUCCACCGACACCAAGAUGGAUGGCCGAACGCCGAGAUGGUCGGUCGAUUUCGCGUGGUCGUGGGCAGAACGGCACCGGUCGAAGAGACUGGAUGGGAGGUGAAUUUUGUACCAUUUUGA